CUUAAAAGAAUUCAUUUGUCUAUUUACCAAAUUAACCUCAAAACCUUCRAAUCAUGUCUUGCUCAAGCGGAAAGUGCAGCUGUGGCUCAAGCUGUUCAUGCGGCAGCAGCUGCAACUGCAACUCAGCCGACAUUGAGAGGUCGACCACCACCACCAUAAUCGUGGACGGUGUUGCACCCCAGAUGACAUAUGCCGAGGGAACAGAGACCAGCUUCGCUGUCGAGGGUGCAAACGGAUGCAAGUGCGGUGGAAACUGCAAGUGUGAUCCUUGCAACUGUUAAGCAACGACAGGCAGAAUGAUCCAAACAAAAGAAGCUAUGUGUUUGAAAUGAAAUAAAGUGCGUUUCGUGUUGUGUUUUCAUGUAAUAAAUAAAAAAGGAAACCAUGGUAUGAUUAUGUGAUAUUUGGAUUUGUAAUGGAUUUUCCAUGGUUGCUUAAUUUAAUUUGAUGUUUAUGUAAAGUCAACGCUAUGAAAUUUGACUUGUUUGGAUCUUUAUAAAUGCUUUGAUUCAAAUGAAGUUGUAUCCUGAAAAUUUGACCU